AAGAUGCGCGCAUGCGCAGCAGCCGCUCUCCUCUCCUCUCCUUUAACCGGCCGCCAGUGACCUCAGCGUCCGCAGCGGCGAUCAUCCUGGACCGAAGGACGAGGCGAAGACGAGACGGGGAGCAAUGGCGGCGAUUUUCGGGAAGAUUUUCGUGGGCAUUUACGUGGAGAUAAAGCGAAGCGACGGCCGAAUACACCAGGCUAUGGUCACAUCCCUGCAUGAAGACAACGAGAGUGUGACGGUGGAGUGGAUCGAGAACGGGGACACUAAAGGGAAGGAGAUCGACCUGGAGAGCAUCUUUGCUUUGAAUCCAGAUGUUGCUCCUGAUGAAGAAAUACCUCAGAGUCCCGAAGCUCCUGUUCCUCCGUCCAGCGUCACCAAAACCAGCAAAGUUCCCAAGACCAAACGGAUCACAGCGAUACCUAAGCCUGAAAAUGCUCCACGGGAGAACAGAGCUGCAGCAGUGGGAACCACCCGGGCCCGUCCCAGUCAGCACAGCCAAGCUGCAGAACCACCUCCGCCCUCCAUCACUCCCCAGCAGGCUGUAAAAGAGUCUCUGCUGCAGCAGCAAAACGCACGCAGGAAAUCCAACUGUGUGAAGGAGGUGGAGAGGCUGCAGGAGCAGCGAGAGAAAAGGCGUCUCCAGCAGCAAGAGCUUAGAGAGAAGAGGGCCCAGGAGGUUGACGUUAAUCUACCAAACUAUGAGAUUAUGUGCAUGAUCAGAGACUUCAGGGCCAGCCUGGAUUACAGACCUCUAACAUCCAAUGAUGCUAUUGAGGAGCACAGAAUCUGUGUGUGCGUUCGUGCACGUCCACUUAAUAAAAAAGAGUUGUCCGUUAAGGAUCUGGAUGUGAUCACCAUUCCCAGUAAGGAUGUGGUGAUGGUCCAUGAGCCCAAGCAGAAAGUGGACCUGACCCGCUACCUGGAGAAUCAGACUUUCCGGUUCGAUUACGCUUUUGACAGGAACUCCACCAAUGAAAUGGUUUACAGGUUUACAGCUCAGCCACUGGUUGAGACAAUUUUUGAGAGAGGGAUGGCGACCUGCUUCGCCUACGGACAAACCGGAAGUGGGAAAACACACACAAUGGGAGGGGACUUUUCAGGAAAGAACCAGGACUGCUCUAAGGGAAUCUACGCACUGUCAGCCAGAGAUGUUUUUCUCAUGUUGAAAAAACCUGUUUAUAAGAAGUUGGAUCUGCAAGUUUUUGCCACAUUUUUUGAGAUUUACAGCGGAAAGGUGUUUGACCUGCUAAACCGCAAAGCCAAAUUACGAGUCCUGGAGGACGGGAAGCAGCAGGUGCAGGUGGUAGGGCUGCAGGAGAGGGAGGUGAAAUGCACCGAGGAUGUCCUCAAACUCAUCGAAAUGGGAAACAGCUGCAGGACUUCCGGUCAGACCUCGGCUAACGCUCACUCCUCUCGGAGCCACGCUGUGUUCCAGAUCAUCCUGCGGCGACGGGGUAAGAUGCAUGGAAAGUUCUCCCUCAUAGACCUGGCAGGGAACGAGAGAGGGGCGGACACGUCCAGCGCCGACCGACAGACCCGACUGGAGGGAGCCGAGAUCAACAAGAGCCUGCUUGCAUUGAAGGAAUGCAUCCGAGCCCUCGGCAGAAACAAACCCCAUACUCCGUUCAGAGCCAGCAAGUUGACCCAAGUCCUGAGAGACUCCUUCAUUGGAGAAAAUUCAAGAACAUGCAUGAUAGCAACUAUUUCCCCUGGGAUGGCCUCCUGUGAAAACACGUUAAAUACUCUAAGAUAUGCCAACAGAGUAAAGGAGUUUGGAAUAAGCCCUUCAGAUAUUCCCUUUUCCCAGACCGGUGGCGGAGGAAUGCGCUCCGAGCUCUCACCUACUUACGAGAUGAAGAAUCUCACAGUGGACCCUGCAUCAGAACUGGAUUGUCAUGAGGAAGGACACAUCACCCAGCUGGAAGUACUGGAGGCUCAGUGGGGCGUGGGGAGCUCUCCGCAGAGAGACGACCUGAAGCUGCUCUGCGAACAGAACGAGGAAGAGGUUUCUCCACAGCUCUUCACCUUCCAUGAAGUUGUGUCUCAGUUGGUGGAGAUGGAGGAGCAGGUGCUGGAGGACCACAGGGCCGUGUUCCAGGAGUCGAUCCGCUGGCUGGAAGAUGAGAAGGUGCUUCUGGAAAUGACGGAGGAGGUGGACUACGACGUGGAAUCAUAUGCAACUCAGCUGGAGCAGAUCCUGGAUCAGAAGAUAGACAUUCUGACUGAGCUGAGGGAUAAAGUCAAAUCUUUCCGCUGUGCUCUCCAAGAAGAGGAACAAGCUAGCAAACAAAUAACCCCCAAGAGGCCUCGAGCGCUAUAAACGUACACACGGUCCUCGCUGCUCCUCAGACAGGUGCAGUCCUGCUGUGAUGACAUCACUGUACAUGAAGGAAGCGAUAAACUCAGACAAGAUUUCCACCAUCCGCUGCUCCCGCAUUUAUUUUUCCUUCAUUCAUCCGUCCUGUUGAACAUAGGAGCUGACAGGCUCCUUUGUUUUAGGUGUUUCAGAGAGGUUUGUAUGGAAGUCCCAUUUGGAAUUAAUUCAUGUUCUUUCCAUCGUCAUCUGGCAUCUAAUAAACGGCAGAGCCUGCAGUGUUUUAUGCGGUAGUUAUACGUCACCUUGGCUUUUCUUUACAACAAAACACAUUUGAAGCUAAUUAGCAUCACUUCUGGCCCUAAACUGUAAUUAAGGAAUGAUCUGAGACCCUAGGAAAGGUGAUUGAUGGAAAUUGACAUUACAGAAAGAUUAAUAUCUACUUAUACUUGAAAAUAUUUGUUGUACAAAACAAACUAGUAUUUAGAACCAUCCUUUUUAGAUCUCUUUAAUUUAUUAGGAAUAGGGCAUCAUCUAUAUUGUGACUUUUACUGAAGACUUGGGUGCACCAAAGCUGGCUAAAAACAGCAACAGUUUUCAGAAAAUAAUCCUAGUCCUGAUUGUAUUUUAUUUAAGAAGAAAAAAAAAAAAAAAAACCCAAAAAAUUGCACCAAAAAGAGCAUAUUUAAGACAUCAUAUGUAUAAAGACCUUUUUUAAAGUACCGUAUUUUCUGGACUACAAUGCGCACCUGAAUAUUAUAUUGCAAGCUAAAUUUAGGGGGAAAUCCUGUUUUGUCCAUACAUCAGCUGCACCUGCAAGGCAAAUUAGUGCCACACAACAGCAAACAAACCGAAACAAAUCCUUUUACGAUAUCCAUAGAAAAGCCACAUCGGGCUAUAAGCUGCAGAGUUUAAAGCUUGUGAAAAAAGUAGCAGCUUAUAGUCCGAAAAUUACGGUAUUUACAUUUCCUCUUCUUACAUUAGUUUAAUUAGAAUAUGGCACAUUUAUACUACAGAAGCAAGCAAAAACCUAUUCCGUCACAUAUCGAGAUAUUUUGUUAAACCAUAUUGGUAUUGAUUAAACAUACGGCUGGAUGGAUCUUUAUUGUAAAAAUGCAAAUAUCUAUGUCAUUGUAUUCCUUUUAUAAACCUCUUUAAUCUGAAGCCACUAUUUGGCAGCACAUCGCCCAGGAGCUUAUUAUUCAGCAGAGUAAUAGCAAGAUACUGCAAGGUUUUCCAGAGCUAAAUUAUUAUAAAACUCUAAAUAUUAUCAGGAUAUAGCAUAUAGGGAUACAUAUCAUAUCACCAGAAUCGUCCCAAUUCCUACCCCUGAUGUAUAUAUUGAUAUAGAUAUUAGUGUUGCACUGAUACCAGUAUCGGGCGGGGCCACGAUCAGCACUAAAAUGGUGGUAUCGGUAUCGGUGAGUACCAACAAAUAGGGCAGCGAUACCAUAUU